UAACACACCAAUGCUUUAGUUGUUCGGUGGCUUUCACCCCGAUCAAGGACUUUUGAGUCCCAUGCUCUGCCAAUGAGGAGGUGCACAAGAAGUCGGGAGGAAGCAGAGACAGGGCACCCUCACUAGCCAAAGGGAUAUUCCAUACCAUAGCCUGUCAUGCCCAGUAUAGAAACUGGAGGAGUUACCCUCAGGAUCCUAAUUCACAUUGCAUCUUCGUUCAUAGCCUCUUAAUCUUUCAUGAGAUUGUACCUGGAUGUGAUUCUUCAGGCUCUUUUGUUAUUACAUUUUAUUGUAUCCACUGUAUGUAUGUGUGGACUGGAAAUAAAACAAACUCGGUGAGUUUCAGACAAUCCUGUGCUAUCCAGCCUACGAUUCUGGACUGUAGCUUGAAACACACAGUAUCUUCUCUUAUACUCCUCAGUUCACUUCUCAUAGCUGAGCCAAGGUAAAUCAGUAAAGUACAACUGAAAUGACAGCAGAAAACUUGCCAGGAGAUGGAAGAAUCCAACUUCAGGAAGCAGGAUUUGUGUCCGAGUUCUCUGCCCAGCAGGUACAAAGAUGCCUCGCAUGGAAAAAGCACUGAUUCUGUGUUACCUUUCCCUUUCCCAGGAGGCUUCAUGGGUUUUGUGUUGCUCUGUGCUGCCUCUCGCUGCUUCUGGGCUUAUCUUUCCUUUAGGCUGUGUCCGUAGGGAACACGAGUUCAUUUAAGACAAUUGCCUGCAGGAGCAGACAGGAGCUGUGGAAAAUGCUGCAUUCGGUGGCAGGAUCACUUUGCAAAUUGCCAGAUUCCUUCAGUGUGUGGGCUCCCUGACCUGAACCUUUGGGUACAGCAGGGAGCCCUUUGCUGACGUUUGACUGAUGCUCACAGUGCUGUGGUGAUGUGCCAGAAGGGGGUGGUUUUCACCCUGAGCACCACCAGCUGCCUGCCCUGCCCGCCCUGCCCAUCCAUCAUUGUGCUGGUCCUGAGCAGCCGCAGCCGGGUGCUGCUGUCCCCCUGCACUGACGCCGAUGUCACCUUCACCCUGGUCUCCCGUGAGUGCCCCUUCGAUCCCACCCGUAGCUCCACGCUGUCCCUCUGGGCCUUCUCCCUCCUGCUCAGCUCCAUGGAGAUUGUCUUCAGCAUCCGCUGCCUCCUGCUCACCCUUUACCUCUUCCUCCUCUGCCACUGCUGCCACGGGAUGCACCGGAGGGAGGUCUCCCUGCAGGCAGCCCCUGGGCAGAGCCCUGACCCCAUGUAGUGCCUGGGCUUGCUGAGGCUGCACAGUGUGGGUGCUGCCUGGCUCUGAGCAACCCCAUGGCUGUGCCCUGGCAGCCUUGCCCUGCCCCAGUGCCUUCACAGCCCCACAGCAGGACCCCACUGUUCCUCAACCCAGCUCCUGGGUGGAUGUGUCCUUUAGAUGCCACCAGCCAAGACCCAUGAGCCCAUCCCCAUGGCCUCGGCUCACCUGGGGCUGCACUGAAGCAGGCAACUGGGCUGGAUCCAGAUGCUUCAGGGAUACCCAUUCCCCAUUGAUGCCUCUUUCCCACCACUGACUGCACUGACACAAACUUUAUUCUGUAGGUAUUAAAAGACAAUGAGUGUGUCCCCAUC